AUGGAGAAGUAUCGAUAUAACGAGAAGUAUCGAUAUAUCGAAAAGUAUCAAUAUAUCGAAAAUAUCGGUAUAUCGAAAAGUAUCGAUAUAUCGAAAAGUACCGAUAUAUCGAUAAGUACCGAUAUAUCGAAAAGUACCGAAAAGAUAUCGAAAAGUAUCGAAAAGAUAUCGAAAAGUAGCGAUAUAAUAUCGAAAAGUAUCGAAAAGAUAUCGAAAAGUAUCGAAAAGAUAUCGAAAAGUAUCGAAAAGUAUCGAAAAGAUAUCGAUAAGUAUCGAAAAGAUAUCGAUAAGUAUCGAAAAGAUAUCGAUAAAUAUCGAAAAGAUAUAGAUAAGUUUCGAAAAGAUAUCGAAAAGUAUCGAAAAGACAUCGAAAAGUAUCGAAAAGUUAUCGAAAAGUAUCGAAAAGAUAUCGAAAAGUAUCGAAAAGUUAUCGAAAAGUAUCGAAAAGAUAUCGAAAAGUAUCGAAAAGAUAUCGAAAAGUAUCGAAAAGAUAUCGAAAAGUAUCGAAAAGAUAUCGAAAAGUAUCUAUAUAUAUCGAAAAUAUCGAUAUAUAAGUACCGAAAAGAUAUCGAAAAGUACCGAAAAGAUAUCGAAAAGUACCGAAAAGAUAUCGAAAAGUAUCGAAAAGAUAUCGAAAAGUAUCGAAAAGAUAUCAAAAAGUAUCGAUAUAUCGAUAAGUAUCGAAAAGAUAUCGAAAAAAAAGAUAUCGAAAAGUACCGAAAAGAUAUCGAUAAGUACCGGAAUGAUAUCGAAAAGUACCGAAAAGAUAUCGAAAAGUACCGAAAAGAUAUCGAAAAGUACCGAAAAGAUAUCGAAAAGUACCGAAAAGAUAUCGAAAAGUACCGAAAAGAUAUCGAAAAGUACCGAAAAGAUUUCGAAAAGUACCGAAAAGAUAUCGAAAAGUACCGAAAAGAUAUCGAAAAGUACCGAAAAGAUAUCGAAAAUUACCGUAAAGAUAUCGAAAAGUACCGAAAAGAUAUCGAAAAGUACCGAAAAGAUAUCGAAAAGUACCAAAAAGAUAUCGACAAGUACCGAAAAGAUAUCGACAAGUACCGAAAAGAUAUCGACAAGUACCGAGAAGAUAUCGAAAAGUACCGAAAAGAUAUCGAAAAGUAUCGAAAAGAUAUCGAAAAAUAUCGAAAAGUAUCGAAAAGAUAUCGAAAAGUAUCGAAAAGAUAUCGAAAAGUAUCGAAAAGAUAUCGAAAAGUAUCGAAAAGAUAUCGAAAAUAUCGAAAAGAUAUCGAUAAGAUUCGAAAAGAUAUCGAUAAGUAUCGAAAAGAUAUCGAUAAGUAUCGAAAAGAUAUCGAUAAGUAUCGAAAAGAUAUAGAUAAGUUUCAAAAAGAUAUCGAAAAGUAUCGAAAAGACAUCGAAAAGUAUCGAAAAGUUAUCGAAAAGUAUCGAAAAGAUAUCGAAAAGUAUCGAAAAGUUAUCGAAAAGUAUCGAAAAGAUAUCGAAAAGUAUCGAAAAGAUAUCGAAAAGUACCGAAAAGAUAUCGAAAAGUAUCGAAAAGAUAUCGAAAAGUAUCGAAAAGAUAUCGAAAAAUAUCGAAAAGUUAUCGAAAAGUAUCGAAAAGAUAUCGAAAAGUAUCGAAAAGUUAUCGAAAAGUAUCGAAAAGAUAUCGAAAAGUAUCGAAAAGAUAUCGAAAAGAUAUCGAAAAAUAUCGAUAAGUACCGAAAAGAUAUCGAUAAGUACCGAAAAGAUAUCGAAAAGUACCGAAAAGAUAUCGAAAAGUAUCGAAAAGAUAUCAAAAAGUAUCGAAAAGAUAUCGAAAAGUAUCGAAAAGAUAUCGAAAAGUAUCGAAAUGAUAUCGAAAAGUAUCGAAAAGAUAUCGAAAAGUAUCGAUAUAUCGAAAAAUAUCGAAAAGUGCCGAAAAGAUAUCCAAAAGUACCGAAAAGAGAUCGAAAAGUACCGAAAAGAUAUCGAAAAGUAUCGAAAAGACAUCGAAAAGUAUCGAAAAGAUAUCGAAAAGAUAUCGAAAAGUAUCGAAAAGAUAUCGAAAAGUAUCUAUAUAUAUCGAAAAGUAUCUAUAUAUAUCGAAAAGUAUCUAUAUAUAAUGAAAAGUAUCGAUAUAUAAUUAAAAUAUCGAUAUAUAAGUACCGAAAAGAUAUCGAAAAGUACCGAAAAGAUAUCGAAAAGUACCGAAAAGAUAUCGAAAAGAACCGGAAAGAUAUAGAAAAGUACCGAAAAGAUAUCGAAAAGUACCGAAAAGAUAUCGAAAAGUACCGAAAAGAUAUCGAAAAGUACCGAAAAGAUUUCGAAAAGUACCGAAAAGAUUUCGAAAAGUACCGAAAAGAUAUCGAAAAGUACCGAAAAGUUAUCGAAAAGUACCGAAAAGAUAUCGAAAAGUAUCAUAAAGAUCGAAAAUAUCGAUAUAUCGAUAAGUAUAGAAAAGGUAUCGAAAAGUACCGAAAUGAUAUCGAAAAGUACCGGAAAGAUAUCGAAAAGUACCGAAAAGAUAUCGAAAAGUACCGAAAAGAUAUCGAAAAGUACCGAAAAGAUAUCGAAAAGUAUCGAAAAGAUGGUUAUCACAUUUAG